AUGAAGGAACUUGACCCGGACGAGUCAAACCUUCUAUUCGAUAAUCAGUUGUCAAUCCGGGAUGUGAUAGAACAAGGACCAUUUUCAAAUGUGUAUCGAAUACUACAUGAACCAUCAAAUCGGAAAUUUCUUUUGAGGUCAAUAAAUUUGAAUUUGUUCAAGAAACAUACCGGGCUAGGACCAGAAGAAGUCGACGAGGAAAUCAAAAUAUGUCAGAACCUACAACAUCCCUACAUAUGCCGACUGGAAAAAAUCAUCACCAGUACGAAUUAUAGACAUAUGAUAUUCGAAAAUAUAGAAGGACAUGAUAUAUGUUUCGAGAUAGUACAGAGAGCUAGUAAUGGGUUUGUGUUUUCUGAAUAUGUAGUGAGUCAUUACACAAGGCAACUUCUAGAUGCAUUAGACUAUUGUCACAGUAGGAAAAUUGUUCACAGAGAUGUCCGACCGCACAAUUUGGUUCUAGCAACCAAAGAUACAUCAGCACCCCUGAAACUAUGUGGGUUUGGUGUAGCUAAAGAUUUGUCUGACAUAGGUGGUUCCAUGGUUUGUGGUCGCGUCGGUGUGCCGCAAUUCAUGGCUCCAGAAAUAGUGAGAAAGGAUCGAGUGUCGUGCUCGUCAGAUAUCUGGUCUUCCGGUGUCGUCCAAUUUCUUUUACUCGCUGGACGAUUACCUUUCACCGGGUCCACUUCCGAUAUAUAUGAAAGGAUUAUGCACUCAGAUGUGGAUGUUGACGGUUAUAUGCCCAAUAUCUCAGAAAGUGCCCGAAAUCUUGUACGACGAAUGCUCUCCGCUGACCCCUCAAAACGAAUCGGUGCGAAAGAAGCACUAAACCAUGAAUGGAUUAGAGAUAAGGAACAUAUGGCCAGCAGGAAACAUAUGAAUGAUGUCAUUGACCAUAUGAGGAGAUACAAUGAAUCCAGAAAGCUAAAAAGCAAUGUGUUGUCGGCUGUCAAUAGUGGCAGGUUUGACGAGACGACUCCCCGGCUCGGCUCACCACAGACCGCAUUCGUUGACGGAUCAUCGCCAGGUGGAGACUGCUGUCAGCGAGGAGAGUCGACUUCCACCGAUGCAGCCGAACCACCUGUCGAUAAGGAUUUGUCAGGAGCGUAUAAGGUUCUUGGAAGUCUGGACGCAAUAAACAGUCUUCUCGACCCAGGAUCAUAUAAACCAGGAAGCACAACAUUUCAAAAGAUUCAUGACGACGGAAGUGUUCGAAAUUUAUUGAGAUUUCUAUUAUUCCACUCUUACAACACCACCAUCGCCAUCCAUCCGAUCUUCCUGGUGUUGAGAUAUAGUUGUGAUCCCUGUAUGGAUUCGACGCUGUUCCACAACUCAUUACUGGCGAUCCUCAUCGGCUCAUUCCUGAUUUUCUUCGUGUGCGUUCUUGUGAUCGGUGCACUCAGCGAUCGUGGCCUCUGCUGUCACGACUCGUCGUUCGUUUCACAUGUCGUCGGAGGACACCACCACGCCGCCACCAAUGGAACACACUUCGUCGGAAGACAGCACCACGACGGCACCGUUUCAGACGCCGUGCCAAUCGUCGUCGUCAUGCCUCGAUGUGACUGUGGCGGUGGGGACAAGUGUGUCAUUCCUGAAAGCGAACCACCUAGUAUCCAGCCCGACGAGUCUAGUAGUGGAUAUUACGAAGAGCAGUUCAACACUGGUGAAUAUUUCUUGUAUGACAAGAUCAACGCGUUGCCGUGCGAGCCAGUGGUUACGGAGGUCGACACGUCAACUCUUCGAAAAGAGGCUGUUCUACAAAUCGACGGACUCCUCGGUCCCAGUCCAGAAGCACUGGAGCUCAGACAAUUGCUCAACUCACCACAUUUAGCGAGUUGCGUGCAAGCUUUAGACGUGGUUGUCUGUGAAAUCCGUGAUUCGAAAAAUGAGGCUGGCGGAUCCGGUGACAAAGAUCCCAACUGCGUCUCGAGUGAUCCUGCGCCGGCAUACUUAAACGGGGGCGUGUUGCCGUUAGGCUCCCAGAGGGCCGGAACAUCCUACGAGCACUUCAAUCAUUCCGCUGUCCACACGUCAUACGACGAGGAAGAAGAAGAAUUGUACGACUGUAUGUCUCGGUUAAGACUUGUUCAGUUUCAAAAAGACACCCAGGAGCCAAUGGGCAUCACUCUGAAAGUGAAUGAAGAUGGAAGGUGUUUUGUGGCAAGAAUUAUGCACGGAGGCAUGAUUCACAGGCAAGCUACAUUACAUGUUGGAGAUGAAAUUCGAGAAAUCAACGGGAUGAGUGUUGCUAACAGAAAUGUGGAAUCUUUACAAGAAAUGCUUCGAGACGCUCGAGGGCAAGUCACAUUCAAGAUCAUACCAUCGUACCGUUCAGCACCACCGGCUUGUGAAAUAUUUGUUCGUGCGCAGUUCGACUACGAACCAAUACAAGAUGACUUGAUUCCAUGCCCACAAGCAGGAAUUCCGUUUAAGACUGGAGAUAUUCUACAGGUUAUUUCCAAAGACGAUCACAAUUGGUGGCAGGCCCGAUUUGUGUCUUCUUUCCCGUCAAUUGGAAAUUCUUCUAAUGCCCAACGAAGCAACCAACAACAAGUUGCCGGCCUGAUCCCAUCACCAGAACUACAAGAGUGGAGAACGGCUUGUUUGGCAAUGGAGAGAUCCAAGAACUCUUGUAAUACACAUUGCAUGUGGUUCAACAAGAAGAAGAAGUACUACACAACAAAGUAUCUUCAAAAACACUCAGCACUGUUCGACCAGCUAGAUCUUGUGACAUAUGAGGAGGUGAUGAGGCUGUCACAGUACCGUAGAAAGACUUUGGUUUUACUCGGAGCACAUGGAGUUGGUAGACGACAUAUCAAGAAUACGCUGAUUCAUAGACACCCGAAUAGAUUUGCUUAUCCAAUUCCACACACAACUAGGCCACCUCGAAAAGAUGAAGUCGACGGAAAACAUUACUACUUUGUGACAAAUGAACAAAUGAUGGCGGAUAUUCAGAAUAAUGAGUAUUUGGAGUACGGUACUCACGAAGAGAGUAUGUAUGGAACAAAAUUGGAAACCAUCAGGAACAUCCAUAAAAGUGGUAAAAUUGCAAUUUUGGACGUGGAGCCCCAAGCGUUGAAGGUUUUACGGACAGCUGAAUACUCACCAUUCGUGGUGUUCAUUGCGGCACCAAACUUGCAAGGCAUGCAGGAUCCUGACGGUUCCUUGGAAAAACUACUGAACGAGUCAGAUGUCUUGCGGCAAGCCUUCGGUCACCUCUUUGAUUUUAUAAUCACAAAUAGCGACAUUGAUGAUACAAUCUCUCAGUUAGAACGACUAGUGGAAAAACUUCCCGCGUACCCGCAAUGGCUUCCUGUCACUUGGGUCUAUUGA